AUGCGUGUCCAACAGCUCCCUCUGGCCGACCGUGAAGGCCAUGAGGCCAUUCUGCAUGCCUCGUACCUCGACGACAUCCCUGAAGCUCUCGCCCGGUGGCAAGCACAACGCGUGCUGCUCGUCGUCAGCACAAGCCUCGACACCAAAACAGAUUUGAUCCGUAACCUCGAAGACCGUCUGGCCCAUGAUCCGUACCAGGUGUCGAAAAAGAUCGGAGUCGGGAGCCACUCGCCCUACGCGGAUGUCAUUGACAUCGCGCACCGCGUGCAGGCCAGCUCCAUUGACGCCGUUGUGAGUAUCGGCUCGGGUUCUUACUCCGACGCGUGCAAGGCGGCCCUGAUUCUCGCGGCCACGCUGCCCACCGGAUUUGGCGCGGCAGAUAUGGAAGCUCUGGUCGAUCCGGUGACGGGGCUGGCUGGCCACGAUCGCUUGCGGGCUCCAACCGCGCGGCUGAUCUGCGUGCCGACCAGCCUGAGCGCGGGCGAGUGGAAUACGUUCGCCAGCGCGACGAACCCACAGGGCAAGAAGCAGCACUUCGCGCACAACCAGGGCGCGCCGUCACUCAUCCUGCUCGAUCCGCGGGUCGCCUCUACGACGCCGGCCCAUCUGUGGCUCGCAUCGGGGAUGCGCGCGGUCGACCACUUCGUCGAGGGGAUGUGCUAUCCAGGCUGUCCGGCCGAGGCACAGGAAGUCAUUUCCUCGGGGCUGCGCAAGAUGCUACGCGGGCUGUGCGAGUACCACGCCGGCCGCGAGACGAUGGACGAAACAGAGCGGCUGCGCGGGAUUUCGGAGUGCCAGCAAGGAUCGCGCGAGGCGCUUCUUCCGUACAUGAAGUGGGGGGUGCGCUUUGGCGCCAGCCAUGCAAUGGGGCAUCAACUGGGAAGCUUGGCCAAUGUACAGCAUGGAAUCACAAGCUGCAUCCUGCUCCCGCAUGUCCUUCGGUAUACCGCGCACGAGACAGAGGCACCCCAGGCGCGCAUCCUCACCAUAUUCAAUGAGACGCUAGGGUGGGAGGAGACGCAGGCAGGCGACGCCGUUGCACGCUUUGUCGCGCUGCUGGGAUUGCCCCACACCCUGGCCGAGGUGGGUGUGACGGACGAGCAGCAAAUCCAAAAGAUCGCUGCGAACACGCUAAGCGAUGUGCUCGCGGGAAAGAAGAAUCUGCCCGAUUUACGAGGGCUCAGAGAGAUCCUGGAGGUGGCCAAGUAG